AUGCACGGCAUUGACCCGCUAAUGGCAAGGUCAAACAAUCACAAUCGUUCAGCUGUAGUACCCUCUCGGCGCCUAGCUGCCAUGCUAAAUGAAGGAGACACGGGGGGAUAUUGCCAGGUUGCCCAAGACUGGACAGGGGAAGUCGAGAGGCAGAGGUCGGAUUCGAACCAUGGACCUUCCGGUCAUUGCAUGGAUCUAACCCCAGCAACACCGCUUCCCAACCCAAGCUCACCAAUAUCACGUACCAACUCACAAAGGAAGCGGCCUGAUUCAGAGUAUUCAGUUGAAGCGGACCAUCGUAAACGAGAAAUUCAGCUGGAUUCAGUUGAGUCUUUUUCAAAAAGGAAACUACUCACAAGGUUGCUGAAAACUCUUCGACAGACCUCGACCGGUUUCGCCCUUUUUGGGGCUCAUCAGGCUUGGGCAGUAUCCCAGCCCUCGUGCUUCCUUCGAGUGGCAUGGCAGCUAGACACCGGAAGGGUGUUACAGGCGCAGUCCCCGAGUUUCAAUCAACCUAAUGUUCUAAUUGAACCCGAAUUGGGCAGAUUUCGUCAAAUGUACUCAUUUGCAUAUCACCUUGGUUUUCACAGGAGACUGAAUUGA